GAUAUCCAGCUAGAGGGCAAGGUUUACCUUUUUGUUUACACGCAGCCUACAUGCUUAUUAGCUACUCGAGCCCAAUGAAAACGAUCUCACUUAUGUUAGUGGAUUAAUGCACAUUUACUGGCUCGGGUUAAAACUUGUAAUCCAAUAUGUUUGUGGUUGAAGCUGUUUGACGUAGAAGGAAAGGAGCUUUAAUGUGACAAACUGGGCCAAUCAUGCAGCCUCGGCCUGAAUGCUGACGCAACGUAUUGGCUGAAUAACUGACAAAAUAAAAAAAAAUAAAUAAAUAAAGAAGGUUUAUUGAUCAUGUAAGACUGUUUUAAUCACCAAAAUGAAUAACAGUUUCACAUAGGCAUAACACACCGUUGAAUGAAGCCCAAACAGUAAACCACCUGGGCAGAAUGAAAUAUUACACAGUCUCCUAAUGCUUUCCUGCAGAUGACAAAUUCACAGGCUUUGAUGUAUGAAACGUGAAUUUAGACUAAAUUCUAAAAUUGGCUGCAUAACAGGAUUAGUGAUAUGUGACACAUGUGCCCACUUACUCAGCAGUGAUGACAAAUGAAAAUGGAUUGGAGUGUGGGAAAUAGCCCGUGUCCAAAGCUUUAUAUUGGGCGUUGCAAAGAGAGAACAGGCGAUGCAAAGACGGGCUCCAGUCUUCGGCAAAUAUCUGUAUUAUUCAUAGCCUAUAAAACAACAUCUGUAUGUUUACAUUAAACGUUAAACGCAUGCUUUGUCGUGACUGCGAAUAUCUUCUGAUUACCCUCAUAUGAACUUCUUUCAGGCUGCUUCUGACUUCUCUUCUAAUUUUUAACAUUUUAAUUUUGCAGAAGAUGAAUCAUCCACGCGAUUAAAGCACAAUACGCACGAGUGUUGAUGGUCCAGUGCAAGCAGAUGUGGUAAUUAAACAUGUCGAGCUGGCAUGCUUUAAUGAUCAUGAAAAUGCUGGUCCGAACAAACACAUAGCAACCAGAAGAGAGAUAACCAAGCUUGUCUUUACAGGCUAUUGUCUUUUUGUCCCCGGGUGCCAAACUGGACUGAUGCCUGACAAAAGUGCAGCAUGAAUCUCAUUGCUCCGUCACUUGUGGACUGGAUUAGUCUAUAUAUAGCCAGAGGAGCUAUAUUAAAUUCACACAGAGAGGCGACGAAUUCAUACCUGCCAUUGGCUCAAUGAUGAAAUCAUUUAAAAUAGAUUGAAUUGAGUAAAACAGCUUCCAAAAAAAUGGACGCAUAUGCUGUACAGGCCCAAAUGCAUCAAGUGCUCUAGUUUAGCCUAUUAAAUGUUAUUUGUGGCACAAGGAUUAAGCCUUACGUGUAUAACAAAUGCUGGUCUAAAAGUAUGAUCUUGGUCUUUAAAAUGUUUCAGACUUCUCCGCAGAGGUUAAGGUUAGGGUUAAGGUGAGGGUUAGGUUUAAACGAACUUAAAGGUAAAAAAAUAUGGCAGGUUAAGCAGCUUGGCGUGAAAUUGGAUGCAAUUCUCUGUUUUGUUCUACCUUGUAAUGUGGUAAUUUAACGACGACAGUCUACAGCCAGAUAGAAGCAACCCUUCAGAAGCUCUACAAUGAAAAAGAACCCGUGUUUAAAAUACGUAGCUUUCAAAAUUGCCUAAAUUGGGUCUGAGCAAAAUUCCCUCUAAGUAUUUUUCCUUUCCCAUACAGCCAAAGGUCUACUUUAUAAACUCAUUGACUCAUAUAGCCUACACGUUGAGGCGUAGGCUAUCUGUCAUUUUGUGCCAGUGGUCACAUGGCUUUGGCCCACAGGAAUGGAUAGAGAUGGAUCCCCACGUCAGCUUGUACGUCUAAGGAUUUCUGCUCCACCAGUCUGCCUCAAAGUGACUGGAGCGCAGCGCCGCGGAGGAACUAUGCGAGGAUUAUUAUAGGACGUUUACAACAGCAGAAUAUGGAUUUUGAUGAGCGGAUCUCUGGGUCUAAUAUGUAUUUACCGAGCUGCACUUACUACGUCUCCGGAGCCGACUUCUCGGGUCUCCCUCAUUAUUUAACCCAGAGCCAGUCCUCUUGCCCCAUGACAUACCCCUACCAGUCCUCAGCCCUGCCACAGGUCCCGUCCGUGAGAGAUGUGGCUUUCAGAGACUAUGGGAUUGAUACGCCCAGUAAAUGGCACCACAGCAGGGGGAGCCUAUCACACUGCUACACUGAGGACAUCGUGCACAGGGACGGCUGGACGAGCCCGACUUCACGGGGGGGAGAGAUCCUGGUGAAAGGCGGCUCCAGCGCCAGCCACUCCAGCUCCUCCAACCCGACGCACGGCUUCUAUGGCAGCGUUGGCAGGAACGGCGUCCUGCCGCAGGCGUUUGACCAGUUCUUCGACACCGCUUACGGGAGCGCAGAGAACAGCACAACACCGACAUCACAGGCAGCAGACACGGACAGACAAGCCACCAAAACAAGCCCAGCUCCGGCUCAUUCGGGCUCGGACACGGCGGAGAGCUGCAGCCCCAAGUCGUCCUCCGGCCACAGCGAGGAGAAACAGAGCAAAAGCAGUGGCCAGAGGACGCGCAAGAAGAGAUGUCCAUAUUCAAAGUAUCAGAUCAGGGAACUGGAGAGGGAGUUCUUUUUCAGCGUUUACAUCAACAAAGAGAAGCGUCUGCAGCUCUCGCGGAUGCUCAAUCUGACAGAUCGCCAGGUCAAAAUCUGGUUUCAGAACAGGAGGAUGAAGGAGAAGAAACUGAACAGAGACCGUUUACAGUACUACACCACAAACCCCCUGCUAUAAAAACUGAACAAAGACUGUCCCUGGCAUGCAGCCAUGCUCCCCCCCAUCUAGACUACACAUCUUACCUGGACAGGAUGACGAGUUUUUAAUGUGCCAGACUUCAUAAAGAAUUCUACUAUUUAUACACUAUUUUGUCAUUAAACACCGUUGGCUUUAUUAUUA